AUGGCGGAGAGCAGAUCGGUGCCGGACUGGACCUUCGGCCUCCCACUAAGGGCGCUGGAGACCAUCGCCGAGAAGCUGCCGUCCGGCCGGGACGCCGCCUUCUUCCGCCUCGUCUGCCCGCCGUGGAGCGCCGCGCUGCCGUUCGAGAGGUUCGCUCCGGUGCUCAUGCUGCUCCCGUCCGAAUCCGAUCCGGCACCCCCGCCGUCGCGCAACGCCUCCUUCUACAGCGUGAUCGACGACGAGUGCCACGACGUGCCUCUCCCCGAGCUACGCGGCGGCAGGGUGGUCGUCUGCGGCGCGUCCCACGGGUGGCUGGCUCUCGUCGACGAGGCCGCGUCGGUGACGCUGCUCAACCCGUUCGCCGCAGGCGGCCGCCGCCUCCGCGUCGCGCUCCCGCCGGCGGACCGGAGCGUUGCGCUGGCGUCGCUCAAAACCGUCUCCAUGGUCGACGGAGCGUGGGUGCUACAUUACACCUCCGGUGCUACCAAGCCGAUCAAGCUGAACAACAUCAGGGACAUCUUCUUCCGCGAGAUCGUGCUGUCUGCGCCGCCAAAUAACUCCAGGGGAGCCACCUGCAACGCCAUGGCCGUGCUCGCCAACUCCACGGAGAUCGCCUUCUGCCGGCUCGGUGACACCGCAUGGACGCUGGUCGACGCCAAGCUGGACUGCCCCGUGACCUCCGUCGUCUACUGCCAUGACAGGUUCGUCGCUGUUGAAGUUUAUUUCAGCUGUGGCCCCACGCGGACCAGUUAUCUCGGAGCUUAA